CUGGGAUAAAGGCUCUCAUCAGCAGCCAUGGCGACAUGCAGGCUGCUGCCACUAGUCGUAGGACUGGCCUUGCUCACAGGUCUCCAUGCUGUAGCACCUAUCGGCCAGGAAUUCAUCACUGCCUUUAUGCAAAAUUACCAGUUAGGCUAUUUAGAGGCUGAAUUUAAGCUUGUCAUCUCUGGCAACGUUCCCCUCACUACAGUUAACGUCUUGGUCUAUAAAUCCACCUUCCAGAAAAAAUUCUCUCUUCCCCCAGGAGAGACCGUGGUAGUGAAGAUGCCUACUUUUGUAGAGAUGGUUGGCACCAUUAAAUCCUGCCACACUGUCUUGGUGACAGCCAAUCAAAAUAUCUCUGUGGUGGCCCUGAGCAAAAAGGGAAAUUCAGCUGACACCACGGUUCUCUAUCCAAUCCAGAAUCUCGGAAUGGUGUAUUAUGUUCUCACACCUAUGGGAGCCAUCUCCAAAACUCCAAAAGAGUUCUCCAUCAUUGCAUGGCGUGAGAACACCGACGUAGAGAUCCAUCUCAAGGGAUCUGUGAAGUUCCAAGACCGCAUUUAUCCUGCAGGCAGCAAGCUGUAUCUCACCCUUCUACCCUAUGAAGCCAUCCAGCUUCAGAGCUACCAAGAUCUCUCUGGCACGCUUGUCAGAGCAACACACCCAGUAGCAGUGCUAAGUGGGCACACCUGUGUCCAAAUGAAAACCCAAUGUAGUCAUGUGGUAGAGCAACUGUUACCCGUGCAAAGCUGGGGCCGCUCCUUCUUUAUCCUUCCUCUUCCCUUCCAGACUCAAUAUGAUAUUGCAUAUGUAAUAACCUCCCAAAUGACCACAGUCACCUCUGUCUCUGGUGGCACCCAUAAAAGUUAUGACCUCAAGUCUGGACAUCUGCUUCAGCUGAAAGUCACACAAUCAGGCCCCAUCUACAUCACAGCCAACGUUGGCAUCCAGGUCUUCUUCUUCUCUCCUGGCGGUGCCCAUGCGGGCCGUAUAUUUCACCCCUUAUUUCUGACCAUCCCCAAUGUUCUCAGCUACUGCACAUCCUAUUCUUUUGAGAGUCCGGUGGGCUUUGAGAAUUAUGCUCUCCUUGUUGCUAAGACAGCUGUUGCUGGUGGGCUCACCAUGGAUGGGGACGCUUUGGGAGGCGUCUCUUGGAAACAGAUUACAGGAACAGAAUAUUCGUGGAGUGAGUACCGACUUGGGAAGGAAAAAUAUAUCCGUUCCAUACAACAUCCGGACAGCCCCUUUAGCCUGCUAAGUGUGGGCAUUGCUGCCAGGAGUGGCUAUGGAGCAGUAGGAGUCUGCCAAAAGGAAGCUCAACCUGUUCCCACGAGUACUCCUAUACAGUGCCGGAAGAAGGAGACUUACAAAAUGCAAAAUGGCCAGAAGGUGUGCGUGCCUCAAUCUUCUGCCAUUUGCUGGGCUUGGGGUGACCCCCAUUACCAGACAUUUGACAGGCGGAAAUAUAACUUCAUGGGCACCUGCACCUAUACCGUAGCCAAGACCUGUGGACCAGACACAACUCUCCCGGCCUUUCAUGUCACCAUCAAAAAUGAGAAUCGGGGCGUGAAGAGUGUGUCCUACGUUGGAUUGGUGACAGUCCAGGUCUACGGAUAUGACAUAGCAGUAGCCAGGAAAGAACAUGGAUUUGUGCGGGUGAAUAACCAGCGCUUCCGACUGCCUGUCUCCCUGAUCAAAGAUAAACUAUGGCUCUUCCAAAGCGGGACUUCUGCCAUCAUAGAGACGGACUUUUCACUGAGGGUGGCCUACAACUGGAACAGCAACUUUGCAGUGAAGAUCUCCAGCAGUUUCUUUGAGAAUGUUUGCGGCCUGUGCGGUGACUAUGAUGGAAAACCUGAUGAUGACUUCAAGACCCCCAGUGGAUCCUUGGCUCCGGGCCCUGUGGAAUUUGGGCAGAGUUGGAAAGUGGAGGAUGGAGACCCAAUGUGCUGGAGUGACUGCCAUGGAGAAUGUAAGAAGGUCACCGAGGAAAAACUCACUAAAUACAGAGGUGAAACCUUCUGUGGCUGGAUCAGUACAAAAGGCGGCCCGUUCAACAAGUGCCAUUCUUUGGUUGAGCCUGACAUCUUUGUGGAAAAUUGUGCCUAUGACCUCUUCGUCUAUGAAGGACACAGGGAGGCUUUGUGCCAAGCGCUGAAAAGCUAUGUGGACGCCUGCCAGCAAGAAGGUGGAGUUGUCUUAGACUGGAGGAACCUCGUUGGAUGCCCUUUAUCCUGCCCCGAGAACAGCGUCUAUAAAAUCUGUGGGUCGGUCUGUCCUACCUCUUGCAGCAAUGAAGCUCUUCCACCCUAUUGUUCUUCUUCGCAAUGUGUGGAGUCUUGCCAGUGUAAGGAUGGCUUUGUGAUGGAUGCUGGGAAGUGCAUCCCGCGAGCUUCCUGUGGCUGCCUCUUUGAGGGUCGCCUCUUGGCUCCCAAUGAGGAGUUCUGGGGAGACACCACAUGCACAAAGCGCUGCACCUGCGACCCACAGACCAAGAAGGUGAAAUGCCAGGACACCAAGUGCAGCGAGAAGGAGCAAUGUCAGGUCAAGAACGGCAUCCAGAACUGCUAUCCUAUGAGCUACGGGACCUGUUCUGCCUUCGGCCACUCCCAUUAUCAUGGCUUUGAUGGCCACAAUUUUAACUUCCAGGGCACCUGUUUCUACAGAUUUGCUGGGCUGAGUCAGAAGAGGCAAGGGUUGGUUGACUUCCAGAUUUUGGUCCAGAAUUCUCCUCAAGGGGGCUGGUCUGGGACUCCUAAAAGGGUAGUCAAGAUUGAAAUCUACAACCUGGAGAUCACUGUCAGCUGGGCAUCUCUGGGCAGAAUUACGGUUAAUGGCCAGCUCACCAACCUGCCCUACAAGUUGGGCCCAGAUCAAAUUAUUAUCUACCAAAAGGGUUGGGGCACUGUGAUCCAAGCAGAUUUUGGCCUCGUGGUGACCUUCAACUGGCAGAGCCAUCUCACGGUCUCUGUGCCAACUACUUACCAAGGUGCUUUGAGCGGACUCUGUGGCAACUUCAACGGAGAUAAAAAAGAUGACAUGACAUUGAUUAGUAAUGGGCAAGUCACCAAACUGAUAGCUUUUGGCCAACUCUGGAAGGUGGCCAAGUUCCCUGGCUGUGGAGAAGUCAGCCCAAAGGUAUGUCCAGACUUGCAGAGAGCGGCCCAGAAGCAACGAAGCAUUAGCACCGAAUGUGGACUCCUGGUGGACAAGAAUGGCCCAUUUAGGGAAUGCCAUGGCAAAAUCAACCCCGAGAUGUUUUUCCUCGACUGUGUGUCUGACUACUGCACAUCCAACAGUCAAACAUAUGUUCUCGGCUACACCAUCGCUGCUUAUGCAUCUGCCUGCCAAGUUGUAAGAAUGACCAUUUAUAUUUGGAGGAUCCACAUAGACUGGAAAUUUGCAUGUCCACCAAACAGCCAUUAUGAACUCUGUUCCAGAAGCUGUCAGCAGACGUGUGAUAGUCUCUAUUCGUCUCUGCCCUGCUCCACUUACUGCACAGAAGGGUGUGUCUGUGAUGAAGGCUUUGUCCUCAGUGGUGACCGUUGUGUCCCUCUGCAUCAGUGUGGUUGCACUUAUCAGGACCGAUAUUAUAUGAGUGGAGAGACCUUCUACCCAACCAGUAACUGCAAUGUGAAGUGUACGUGCCAAGGCGGUGGAGCUGUCACCUGCCACAAAUUCUCCUGUGGGCCCAAUGAAGAAUGCAAGACGAUGGACGGAAUCCAAAAAUGCCAUCCAAUGAGUUCCGCCACUUGCUCGUGUUCCGGAGAUCCUCAUUAUCUCUCUUUUGAUGGAGUUGCCUUUAAUUUCCAAGGCACCUGCUCUUACAUCCUGGCUAAGACUACCGUCGAAAGCAUGACUGAUCUGACUCCCUUUACUAUCACAGCAGUAAAUGAGCCUUGGGGGAAUGGAAAAGUCUCAGUCAUUAAGCAAGUAUCUGUGGAAGUCUAUGGCUUCAAGCUGACUCUGCUCCAUAAGAAAAAAGGACAGAUCCAGGUGAAUGGGGUAUUCCGGUCCCUCCCCAUUGAACUUUCUGAAGGACAUCUCAAAGCCUAUCAACAUGGCACGAAGGUCCUGAUAAAAACCAGCUUUGGCCUUGUGGUGAGCUAUGACCUGGUUUACCAUGUGAGAAUUACUGUCCCAAGCAGCUAUCAGAAGCGGAUGCAAGGUCUGUGUGGGAAUUACAAUGGGAGGAAGGAUGACGAGUUCCUACUACCCAGUGGGAAGAAAGUUACAGAUGUGGCUGAGUUUGGUGCUUCCUGGAAGGUUUCGGUCCUUGGGGCAGGAGGACCUUGUUCAGAUGGAUGCUCUGGGAGCAACUGCCCAGCCUGUGAUGAAAACAAGAAGAAGGUUUUCAAACAGCGCAACUACUGUGGGAUCCUCACUGCCUCGGAUGGCCCCUUAAAGGGUUGCCACAGCCAGGUGAACCCCAGUGUGUUUUUCAAUGACUGCAUCUAUGAUUUGUGCCAAAGCAACGGAAACAGCCAGUCCUUGUGCCAAAGCAUUCAGAGCUAUGUGUCAGCCUGUCAAGAAGCCAAGGUCCUUAUCCAGCCAUGGAGGAGUCCAUCUUUCUGCCCUUUGAGCUGUCCUCCCCACAGCCACUAUGAGGAAUGUGCUGAUUUUUGUACUGCUGAUUGCUCUGGGCUCCGAAUAUGUCCUGAAACCUGUGCCGAAGGAUGCCAGUGUGAUCUUGGAUACUUCUUUGACGGCCUCAGCUGCGUCUCAAUGGAGGGCUGUGGAUGCUUUGGAAAUGGAAGUUAUUAUAGGCCCAAAGAGGAGGUCCUGUUGAACGAAUGCCAGCAAAUCUGCCAGUGCUUGCCUGGGCAGGGACUCCUUUGCAAAUCUUACCACUGUUCUUCUGACGAAGACUGCCAGGUCCAGGAUGGGAUCAUGAGAUGCAUUAAUAAAGAUCCUUGCAAAACUUUACAGUGUCGGAUCAAAGAAACAUGUAAAGUAAAGGAUGGCAAAGCUUCAUGUGUCCCAAUUUACAACGAAACUUGCUAUGGCUGGGGAGAACCACACUAUCACACCUUUGAUGGGUUGGAGGUGGAUUUCCAAGGGACGUGCACUUACACUUUGGCCAAGUAUUGUGGCAGUGACACCGGACUGGUUCCAUUUGUGGUGGAUCAGAAGAAUGAAAACCGGGGGAGGCAGGAUGUUUCUUUUGUGCGGCUGACCAAUAUCUAUGUGUACGGCUACAACAUUUCCAUCCGCAGGAGGCACACAGGCAAAAUCUGGCUGAACGGGGUCAUCACAAACCUGCCUGUGACCCUGGAGGAUGGGAAAAUCCACCUUUUCCGGAGUGGCGUGAAUGCCAUCCUACAAACCGACUUUGGACUGGUGGUAUCUUUCGACGGGGCCUCCCUCUUAUCCGUCAUCCUCCCCAGCAGCUACUACGGUUCCAUCUGUGGCCUCUGUGGGAAUUUCAACCAAAACCCAAAGGACGACAUGAUCACAGCUGCAGGGGACAAGGCGAAUUCUGCGGUGGAGUGGGCUGCAAGUUGGCAAGUGAAGGACCGCGAUCCGUUCUGCUGGCAUUACUGCAAGGACAAAUGCCCCACUUGUGAGGAGAGCAAGCAGCAACUCUUUGGAAGCGACAAAUUCUGUGGGCUCCUCACCAAGUUGGACGAGGGUCCCUUCCAGAAAUGCCACCCUAAGUUAAGCCCUGACAACUUUUUUGACAGCUGCAUUUAUGACGUCUGUCUCAGCGGGGGUGCCAAGAGCAUCCUGUGCAAAGCUCUAGAGGCUUACGCAACUGGCUGCCGCACGGAGGGUGUGAUCAUUACAGACUGGAGAACACAAAGCGGUUGUGCUUUGCCCUGUCCUGAGAACAGCCACUACGAGGCCUGUGGAAGCGCCUGCCCAAACACUUGCUCUCAGCGAUUGGCUUCCGCAUCCUGCAAGAUGCCCUGUGUGGAAACCUGCCAAUGCAACGAUGGCUACGUGCUCAGUGUAGAUCAAUGUGUCCCCGUGGGGAGUUGUGGCUGCACCUACAAUGACCUCUACUACAAACCGGAGCAGGAAUUCUGGGGGGAUAAGAACUGCACCUCUCGCUGCAGGUGUGACCCCAAGAUGGGCAUCGUAGUGUGUGAGCCAGCCAGCUGCAAGGCCAGCGAGAUAUGCAGAAUAGAAAACGGCAUCCAAGAUUGCUACGCCAUCAGCUUUGCCACCUGCACAGUGAUGGGGAAUCAUCACUAUGCCACUUUUGAUGGGCGGAAACAUGACUUUACUGGCACUUGCCUCUACCAACUGGUCGGCUUCUGUGCCAAGGAUCCUGCUCUCACGCCAUUCGCCAUCAAGAUCCAGAACAGCCAAGGCAGGAAGAUCUUGCCCUUCUCUUCUCUUAUGACCUUGGAAGUCUACAACAUGAUCAUUACCAUCAGCCAAGAUCAUCCUGAUACAAUCCAGGUUGAUGGAGUAUUAGUGGACUUGCCCUUCUACUAUGAAGACAAGAUCCAGGCCUACCUUAGUGGAAAUCAUCUCCUUAUCAAGACUCAGUUUGACCUUUCCGUGAUCUUCAGUUGGAAUAGACUAGUCCACAUCACCGUUCCUGGCAGCUAUCUCAAUGUGAUUUGUGGUCUCUGCGGUAACGGCGGUCAAAAACCUGGUAGAGAGUUGACCAUGAAGAAUGGGGUCCCAGCAGCCAAUUUUAUCCAGUUUGCCGACAGCUGGAAAGAAGGAGAGAGCCUUGGUUGUGUGAAUGGGUGUACCAGCAACUGCCCAGGCUGUAGUGAAAAUGAGAAACAGAUCUACAAGAAGGAUCGCUACUGUGGGGUCCUCUCCAGAAAAGAUGGACCAUUCAGGCAUUGCCACAAAGCUAUCGACCCAGCUCCUUACUUUGAUUCUUGUGUCUUGGAUGCCUGUCUGUACAAGGGCCACCAAAGCAUCUUGUGCAGUGCCAUUGAAGCCUACGUAAUGGUGUGCCAAGCACAGGGCAUCCAGAUUGAACAAUGGCGGUUGGCCUCCUUUUGCAGUUUUUCCUGUCCCCGUAAUUCUCACUACGAACUCUGUGGAGAUGGCUGCCCUGUGACCUGCCAUGGCCUCUCAGCCCCCGAUGGAUGUGUGACAUCCUGCAAAGAAGGCUGCUAUUGCAAUGCCGGGUUUGUCCUGAGUGGAGAUGAAUGUGUCCCAAUAGGAGAAUGUGGUUGUCUGUACCAGGGCAGGUAUUAUAAAAAGGGCGAUGAAUUUUACCUCAGUGCUUCUUGCCAAGACAAAUGCCGUUGCGGAGAAAAUGGCGCCGUAGAAUGUUGGAAGGUCAUCUGUGGGCCUCAGCAGCAAUGCAGGAUUGAGAACGGGAAGCAAGCUUGUCACCCUCGUGGCUAUGGCAAAUGCAGCGUAACCGGUGGAAGCCACUACCUCACUUUGGAUGGAGAGACCUUCAACUUCCUGGGGUCUUGUUCUUACACUUUGGUCGAAGUCUGCGGCAAGGAUCCUGAACUGGUCCAUUUCUCCGUGGUGGUGGAGAACGAAAGCAAUCGGGAAGGCAAAGUCAUGCCCAAGGCGGUUGUCAUCACUCUUCGAGGUUAUGUCAUCAGACUUGCGAGAGGAAUGACUUGGCAAGUUCAGGUGAAUGAAGAAGCCUAUACCCUGCCACUCGUGAUAAAGAAAAGAUCAAUUUUAAUCCAUCAAGAGGGGAAGAAUGUUCUAGUCCAGACCGACUUUGGUUUCAAAGUUCUCUAUGAUUUUUCCCAAUUCAUCCUUCUGAUCAUCCCUAGCACCUACCAAGGGCAGGUAUGUGGCUUGUGUGGCAACUUCAACGGGGAGAGACGAGAUGAAUUCCAACUGCCUGAUGGAACCAGCACCUCCAACGUCACCACGUUUGGAGCCUCCUGGAAAGUGUCAGCGGGACACCUCAGGUGUUCGGAUGACUGCAGGCAGAACUGUCCCUCCUGCAAUGCUGCUCAGAUCAGGCCGUAUCAGGUGGAGAGUUCUUGUGGGCUGAUCAAGGCCCCCUCAGGCCCUUUUGAAGUCUGCCACCUCCUGGUGAAGCCUGAAGGGUAUUUUAAUCUCUGCCUGUACGAAAUGUGUGCUGCUCACGGAGCCAAAGAAGCUCUUUGCCGAAGCCUUCAGGCCUAUGUAGCCAUGUGCCAAGCAGCUGGAGCCACUAUCAAAAGCUGGAGGACAGCCGCCUUUUGCCCCUUAACUUGCCCACAUAACAGUCACUACGAGCUGUGUACCAGAUCCGGUGAUUUUACCUGUGCUGGUCUAUCUUCUCCAAUCCAAUGUACUGAGAAAUGCUUUGAAGGCUGCCAGUGCAAUGAUGGCUACAUUUCUGAUGGGGAAAAGUGCAUUUCCCUGGACAAAUGUGGCUGUGUACAUGAGGGACGCUACAUGAAGGCUGAAGAAAGCGUUCUCUCCGAGGGUUGUUCGGAAAAUUGCACCUGCCAUGCGUCAGGCCAGCUCACCUGCAAUAAAACCAGCUGCCCCCAAGGGAAGGUUUGCACCCUUCAAAAUGGCCGACAUGGUUGCUUCAAGCAGGAAGCGGAAUGCCACCUCAGUUUAGAAGCAGAACUGACCACCUUUGAUGGCGUCUCUGGGACAAUACUUUAUGACGGUGCCUAUGUGAUGGCCUCUCUCUGUGACGAAGCAGCCCAGAUGUGGUUUCGACUGGUAGUGGAUUUCAGGGGCUGCAAUGGAAAAAUGAGCUCAGUUUCGGCCAUCUACAUCUUCUUCCAAGAGGCUGUUCUUGCUGUCAAUCAAGACAAGGAAGUUUGGGUGAAUGGAAAAAAGGUGAAACUUCCAGCUUCCCUUUUUAAAACCGUGUCUGUGAGCAUUGCCGAAGAUGUUGUCACAAUUAGACAUGGGACAGCUCUUCAGGUUGUCUUUGACCUCAAAGGAGAAGUGUCCGUGAAGGUCAAAGACAGCCUGGCAGGCAAGCUGUGUGGAUCCUGCAGAAACUUCAAUGGUGACCUCUCUGAUGACCUCACGCUACCCGAUGGACAAGUUGUAGGAGACAUUUCUGAGGUGAUUGAUGCAUGGAAGGCCACAGACUUCAUCCACUGCAAGCAAUAAUUCAAAAGGUCGAUCCAGUCCAUCAACCUCCACAAGUGACCAUGGCUCUCUGCUGCUGUGCCCUUAAAGAUGCUUUAUCUGCAGUGCCCCAAGAAGGCAUUAUAAAAACCCCAAACUGUGUCAAUAAAAUAUCUAUCUAUCUAUCUCUAUACCUGCAGAAUUGUUUCUGGAGAAGUCAUUCUGUCCACAGAUAGCAUCCUGGGGCUGAAAUCAUGCAAGGCUGCUGAUUAGAUUUCUUUAAAAAAAAUAUUAAGGCACGAUAAAGAGAUAAAUUGUGCUUUCUAGUUUAUAAGGUCUAAAAAUUGAAAUAAAGUAUUUCCUCUGGACCAGAAUUUUGACACCACACAGCUCAGUAAUUAAUAGCUGAUAGCAAAGGAGUCAUUAAAAGAAUUAAGAAUUGCUGCUUUGGAAACAACUGAUGAAAUGAAAUUUAAGCUGUGUAAAUGGUUCAAUUUUUGGAACAUUUUUGUUCCUGACGCUUGUACAUAUGCAUUGUUUUGAUUUUUCUGUCCUUCCAUCCAAUAAACCUUUGUGACAACUUUUGGGAAGAAAUCA